AUGGCGGCUCUGAAGGAGCUUCUUCCUGAACCAAAAUCAACCUCAAAAACUUAUUACGAUCACAGCAACGAUCCAUGGUUCAAGCAACGAUUCACCGCAACAGAAGAAGAAAAAUCUGUUGCUAUCAACCCUAAAGUCGUACCACCGUAUAUGAAGCGAUCUGGUUUUGUUCCUCGGAAGGUAGAGGAUUUCGGCGAAGGUGGAGCUUUUCCGGAGAUCCAUGUGGCACAGUAUCCACUGGAUAUGGGAAGGAACAAGUCUUCAAAGCCUGGCUCGAAGAUUCUUCCUGUCACUGUUGAUGCGCAUGGCAACGUUGCGUAUGAUGCUAUAGUCAAACAGAAUGAGAACGCUAAGAAGAUUGUUUACACGCAGCAUAAGGAUUUGAUACCGAAGAUUCUGAAAAACAAUGAAGAUAGUGAUAUGGAUGAUGCUGAUGAUGAUGAUGCUCAACGGGAGAUUGAUGAAACCAUGCAGGAAACGAAAGCUGCUCUUGAGAAGAUUGUUAACGUGAGGCUUAGUGCGGCACAACCCAAAAAUGUUCCUAAACAUAAUUCUGAUGCUAAGUAUAUAAAGUAUAAACCAUCGCAACAGAAUGCGGCUUUCAAUUCUGGUGCGAGGGAGAGGGUUAUUAGGAUGGUUGAGAUGCCCGUGGAUCCACUUGAGCCUCCGAAAUUCAAGCACAAGCGUGUUCCCAAGGCUUCGGGUUCGCCACCUGUGCCGGUGAUGCAUUCGCCUCCUCGGCCUGUUACUGUGAAAGAUCAGCAGGACUGGAAGAUACCUCCUUGCAUUUCAAAUUGGAAGAAUCCUAAGGGUUACACCAUUCCUCUUGAUAAGCGCUUAGCUGCUGAUGGGAGAGGGCUUCAAGAGGUUCAGAUUAAUGACAAUUUUGCAAAGCUUUCUGAGGCUUUGUAUGUCUCGGAGCAGAAGGCUAGAGAAGCUGUUGCUAUGAGGUCUAAGGUUCAGAAGGAAAUGCUUUUGAAGGAGAAGGAAAGGAAGGAACAGGAGCUGAGGGCUUUAGCUCAGAAAGCUCGAUCAGAGAGAAUUGGUGUGGCACCUCCCGCGGCUGCUGCGGCCCCUCUUGCUUCGAAUAAGAGUGGGGUUGAUGAUGGUGAUAUGAGGGUUGAUUAUGAGCACAGGGACAAGGACAGGGACAGGGACAGGGAAAGGGAAAAGAAUUUUCCUAAGGAGAGUAGAGAAGAAAGGGAGGAGCGGCUGCAACGUGAAAAGAUUCGUGAAGAAAGGCGAAAGGAGAGGGAAAGGGAGAGAAGAUUGGAGGCUAAGGAUGCUGCCAUGGGAAAGAAGAGCAAGAUUACUAGAGAUAGGGAUCGUGAUAUAAGUGAGAAAGUUGCUCUUGGUUUGGCUUCUACUAAGCAAGGGACAGAGGUCAUGUAUGAUGAAAGGCUAUUCAACCAGGAUAAAGGAAUGUCUUCUGGAUUUGCCACUGAUGAUCAGUAUAAUGUGUAUGACAAAGGCUUGUUUACUGCACAGCCAACACUUUCCACCCUUUACAGGCCGAAGAAGGAUGUUGAUGAUGAAACUUAUGGAGGUGCAAAUGAGCAGCUGGAGAAGAUUAUGAAGACUGAUCGCUUUAAGCCAGACAAAGGAUUUACAGGGGCUUCUGAAAGGGCAGCUCCAAGGGAUAGGCCGGUCGAGUUUGAGAGUGAAGAAGCUGAUCCAUUUGGUCUUGAUCAGUUUUUGACGGAGGUCAAGAAGGGUAAGAAGGCCAUGGAAAAUGUAGGUGGGGGAGGAACUAUGAGAGCUAGUGCCGGAUCUUCAAUGCGAGAUAGUUCUGAUGGAGGUUCUGGCAGAACUCGCAUUGGAUUUGAAAGAGGGCGUUAA